GCCGUUUUUGAUGGCAGGGAUGUCAACUGCGAUCCGAAGCAUCUCAUGGAGUACGGCUUUUUGGACUUCAUCCCUGCUGCAGUGGUCGCGAGGUCCCCUGCCCCUGCAGGGCGCCUUCCUGUGGGCACGUGCCGCGGCGCUCAGGGAGCUUACUCGACCAUCGACUACUGGCUGGCCAGCUUGUUCAUCGCGAGCUCGCUGACGCCGCCCCUGCCUGUGGAUGGCUGGCCUGCGUCGCCGCAUUUCCCUAUGAUGACGUCCCUCGACGCGCGGGCCAAGGCGGUCAAGUUCCUCGUCCUGCGGGCGCCGAAGGCCUUCCCGAAGGCGGCCCCGACCGAGGAUGUCACACCGGUGUCGGCGGAUGGCGCCCGCGACCUCAUCGAGGAUGAUGUGGCACAUGGGGGAGUCGCGAGUCCUGUUCAGGCUCAGGCGCGGCUGGAUCACCUGUGCGCCGAGUUUGCGAAUCUCGUGGAGGAGGAGCUGCUGGUGCGCUACGGCAUCCCUGCGUGCGAC